CUCCCACUCCUUAUUGCUAUAACAACCAAAAGGGCGGUCGGUAUUACGAACAGCGGUGCAGAUGCACAACGACUCAGGAGUCAUCCUUCACAUAGUAGAUGUUACUUCCCAUAAUUCUGAAGGGAACAUUGUUGGCAAUUCUAAGGACACAAAAUAAUGAAGCUCACGGUCUGGUUACGUCAAACAGAUUAGUCAGAUAACCUGUACGUGUCGUGGUAGGACACCUCUGCUUUUGCGCUGCAGUACAUGGAUGGGCUGAGACAAGGUGUAAUUUGUAUACUAUCAAGAACCUCUUGCUGAUAUUUUGUCAGCAGAUUUAGCACAUUUAGACAUAUACAGACAGCUCGAGUUGUCUCACGUACUUCCCUGGUGCGACAUGGCAAGGGAGAAUGGAGAGUUCGGGGAUGGACCCUCGUGGAAAAAACAUGUUGAUGAUAUCAAGAAAAUAUUUGACUUCAAAGAAGUCCUUGGAACUGGGGCAUUCUCUGAAGUUGUGAUGGCUCGGGAGAAAGCCUCGGGUAAGAUGGUUGCAGUAAAGUGCAUUCCGAAAAAGGCUUUGAAAGGGAAGGAGACCAGCAUCGAGAACGAAAUUGCCGUGCUUAGGAAGAUAAAACAUGAAAACAUUGUGGCAUUGGAGGACAUCUAUGAGAGCUCCAACCACUUGUACCUUAUCAUGCAAUUAGUUUCUGGAGGGGAGCUUUUUGACCGUAUUGUAGAGAAGGGCUUCUAUACUGAAAUGGAUGCAAGCAGGCUCAUCAAACAGGUUUUGGAUGCAGUAAACUACCUCCACGCCAUGGGUAUAGUACAUAGAGACCUCAAGCCAGAGAAUCUUCUCUACUUUAACCCCCACAACGAGUCCAAGAUCAUGAUCAGUGACUUUGGCCUCUCAAAGAUGGAGGGAACAGGAGAUGUAAUGGCCACAGCCUGUGGAACUCCAGGAUAUGUGGCUCCUGAGGUGCUAGCACAGAAGCCCUACAGCAAAGCAGUGGACUGCUGGUCUAUCGGUGUUAUUGCUUACAUACUGUUAUGUGGCUAUCCUCCCUUCUAUGACGAGAAUGACUCCAAGCUCUUUGAACAGAUUCUCAAGGCAGACUAUGAAUUUGAUGCUCCGUAUUGGGAUGAUAUAUCAGACUCUGCUAAAAACUUCAUCAGCUGCCUGAUGGAGAAGGACCCAGAGAAGAGGUUCACAUGUGACCAAGCUCUGGAGCACCCAUGGAUCGCAGGAGACACGGCUCUCUGCAAGAACAUCCAUGAAUCUGUCAGUCGCCAGAUGCGUAAAAACUUUGCCAAAAGCAAAUGGAGGCAAGCGUUCAAUGCCACGGCUGUGAUCCGCCACAUGAGGCGCCUGCAGCUGGGCAGCAGUCUGGGCAGCAGUUUUGGCGGCAGUAUUGACACCACCAUCCCCACUGCCCGCAGUCAGGCCAGAGGCCCUGCCAAGAGCCAGUCUGUGGACUGCGCCCCAAUCUCCUGUCAACCUGCUGCCGCUGCAUCCUGCAGCCGGAAUAUUAGCCCCCCCACUUCCAUCGGUGAGGAGCCACAGGUGGUGACGGUGGAGGCUCCCCGGCCACGCCCCUCCACCGUCACCACCAUCCACACUGGGACUAAAUGACGCCAGGUUCCACGGGAGGUCAGCUGGGAGACCACGGAGCUUUGAGACGGCACACAGCUGUUCCCGGCUCUCAGUAUUCCACCAUCGGUCCACUUGGUUUUUGCCCAUCCCGCCUAUUCCCCAGCGGCCAUGCUAGCUGCGCUGGGGAGAUCUUGAGGAGCGUCACCUCAUCUCCUAUUACCACAGCUCAUCACUGUACCCCAGUGCUGCACUCUGCACUGCAUGUCUGGCGGUAAGGAGAAGAGCCACGUGUCCCUUCUGCUUAGAGACUGAAGGGGCUCAGUGUUUCAGAGUGGCUAGUCCUGUGCACCUCGUUAUGGGAACUCCUAUUUUAUUUAUUAAGUAAGGCUGUCGUACUUUGACUGUCAGGCACACAGUGCCCCCUAUAUUGUCAAUGCCUUGUGUAAGCAGGGCACCUGAAACAGUGGAAGCAGAGAAGUCGUGUUGCGCAAGUCAAACAAGCAGAGCUUUCAAAUUGCAUUAGAUGGUGAUUCCUUUUAUCCUCCAGAUUUUGUUCUCUUUUUUUCUCUCCAAUUGCAGUUGAUACAGUAGGUAGGUCACUCACCACAGUAUGACACAAGUGUUACUCCUUUGCUUCUUGUUGUCUGGUAAACAGAAAUCCAGACUUUCAUAUUUAUAUAUUCAAGACGAUGUGCACACGUUUUUAAUGAAUUGCUUUUGUUUUGUGAUUUGAGUUGGCAAGAGAAGGUUAGAUGGUAAGUGCAUUGUACUCUUUUCUUAAUUGAAAUGUAUUAAAUUACUUAUUUUCUUAUUAUGACUCUUUGGAAGAAUGUUGCUUUUAAUGUGUAAAGGUGUACUAAACCUUUUCUUUGAUUAAUUGGCAAACAGUGUUCAGUAAAAAAAAUUAUGAAAAUGGUGAUUACUUAAUGUUCAGGUAAACAAAAAAAUCCAGUUGUUACUUUGUUUUUACAGGUUUUUUUCUUGAGUGUUUGACAUUACUGUGAAGCCCUCCUUAUCCUCUGGAAGGCAGUUUAUAGAUUUAGCUUUGUGACUGGUUCUCAGGGAAAUAAUUUAACAAAAAUACACAAAAUAAUUCCUUUAAAAUGAUGCUGCUGAUGACCAUGUAUUUGGGGAAUGGACCUUCUGAAAUCAAUGACCACAUCACAUAUUCUAAUGUGCCAUUAAGACAGGUUGCCUCGUGAGUUUUUUAGUCCAUCAAAUUGAUAUGAGGUAGCUAUGCGUUACCUUACGUUGAGGGGGAUGUUUCUCAUCAAAUAUUUACAAAAUAUCAUAAUCAGAGGACAUUAUGAAUGUGAGUACAAGAAAAGAGAAAUAAGGUGUAUGAUAAAGAUUACUGUGGUAUAUGUUCACAUUAACACACUGAAAAUGGCAUGCUGAGAAAAAAAGAAACAUUUACAAUACUGUUCCUUUACUGCUUUAUCAUCCAAUAUAGUCAAGCCUAUUACACACAGUAUCGUAUAGUUCAGCUUCCAUUCAGACAGUGGCUGUUCUGAGCUCAGCUCACAUGCUAUACACAUUGGUUACUGGACUUUUGGUACCUCUCUACCACUCCCUCUAUAUCUCCCUCUCUCUCUCUCCCUGAGAUUGUGGUCAAACAAGAGAGAGAAGUAUACUGCCUAAGACGCAUUCAAAAUUGUCUGUACUUGUUUCUGCUUAAUGUGUCACUGUCCCUGGCUCCUGGAACAAGAAUGUUCCAUAUGAAUGUGCUCGAUGAGAGCAGGCCACUUUGAAUUGUAGAACUCAAUGCAUGUUUUGUGUUGACUACUUCUCAGGCGCUGUAAAAGACUGUGUUUAUGAAAUUACAGAUGAAUCAGUAGCCUCUGUGUACUGUAAAUACAAAUCUCAUUCAUCGUG